CAGCUGAGCUCUUAACCACUACACCACUAGGGUGCCAAUGCUCUCACUUAGUAUUUAGUAGGUAAUUUUUUAUCAUCCAGUAUGGUCAUUUCAUUACAGUAUUAUUACUACAGUCAAUAAACAUUCACCAAGUAUCUGUUCUUUCCAGGUACUAUGGUGAUGGCAGCAGUAAUAAAUAACAAUAAUCCUUAACAUUUGCUGAAUGCUAACUAUAGUAUUCUGUUGAAUCUAAUGCCAUUUAUUAUAAGAUGCACAAUUUUAUGUGUACUGCUAAGAGAAAACCUUUAUGCUAUUAAACUAUUAUACACAAUUCAUUGUAAAAUACACCCUAAAUUCAGAAAUGUUAAAAAGUUCAAAACUAUCUUUUUUAAAUGAUGAAGCAUGGCACUUUCCAAGCGAAAUCAUUUAAUUGUCCUAGUCCUAUGAGAUAGGUGCCAUCAUUAUCCUCAUUCUUAUAGAUAAGGAAGCUCAGCCACAGAGGGAUAACUUUCUCAACGUCACACAGGUAGCAGGUAGACUUGAGACCAGGCAUCCUAAGUCCAGAGCGCUACCCUCAACCACCACACUAUACUGCCUUUAGCCAAAGGUGCUGGAGAAAAUUUGGAGAAUACAAUGGCAGCCUUUCAGCAUGCAGUUACAAUUGGAACUGAUAUGCUGGAAUUGGACUGCCAUAUUACAAAAGACGAACAAGUCGUAGUAUCACAUGAUGAGAAUCUAAAGCGAUCAACUGGAGUCAAUGUAAACAUCUCUGAUCUCAAGUACUGUGAGCUCCCACCUUACCUUGGCAAAUUGGAUGUCACAUUUCAAAGAGCAUGCCAGUGUGAAGGAAAAGAUAACCGAAUUCCAUUACUGAAGGAAGUUUUUGAGGCCUUUCCUAACACUCCUGUUAACAUCGAUAUCAAAGUUAACAACAGUAUGCUGAUUAAGAAGGUUUCAGAAUUGGUGAAGCAGUACGAACGAGAACACAUAACAGUGUGGGGUAAUGCCAGUUACAAAAUUGUAGAAAAGUGCUAUAAAGAGAAUUCAGAUAUUCCUAUACUUUUCAGUCUACAACGUGUACUUCUCAUUCUUGGACUGUUUUUCACUGGCCUCUUGCCCUUUGUGCCCAUUCGAGAACAGUUUUUUGAAAUCCCAAUGCCUUCUAUCAUAUUGAAAUUAAAAGAACCACACACCAUGUCAAGAUGUCAAAAGUUUCUCAUCUGGCUUUCUGAUAUAUUACUAAUGAGGAAAGCUUUGUUUGACCACCUCACUGCCCGCGGCAUUCAGGUGUAUAUUUGGGUAUUAAAUGAAGAACAAGAGUACAAAAGAGCUUUCGAUUUGGGAGCAACUGGAGUGAUGACAGACUAUCCAACAAAGCUUAAGGAUUUUUUACUUAAUUUUUCAGCAUAGAAAGAGAGGUACUCGAAGGCAUUAAAAAAAAAAAAAAAAAAUGAAAAGACCUAAGAAAAAAA